UGGAAACUUUCCUUGAAACUCCAUGAAGUACUAACUUCAUUCUCAACGACUUCCAUAUUCAUUCACAAAAACCCAAUUCAAAAGCAACUUCAACUAAAGGAUGGAGCAGGUAAAGGAAGCAGUGAAAGAAGAGGGAGAGCAUGUUUUGUCGAUUGCUUGUAGAAUCAUGGCUGGUAUUUCCCCCGUGUCAGUGACCAAUUCCCAGACUCAUCAGCCAUUUCCAACCCCUUCACCGUUUUCUUUCUCAGGGGCUUCGACAAGACGAAGUUAUCGACCUACCCUACAUCAUUCGAAUCUCUUCCUUCGAUUCUUGGUGCUUCUCUUCUCCUUUAUUUCAGCCCUUGCACUGGCGUCUCCAUCCAAGAACGGCCAACGAUCUGCUAGCUUCUCUGAGUACCCCGAACUGAUAUACUGCUUCGGUGUAGCCAUUUUAGCUUUCGUCUAUGCGGCUUUCCAACUGUUUAAGGGUAUUAGCGAGAUUCUUCACAGAGGCAUUCUAAUCUCAGACAUGACCUCAGACUACCUUAGCUUUGUCUUAGACCAGUUGGUGGGCUACCUUCUCAUCUCGUCGGCUUCGGUAGUAAUAUCAAUCAUUCGAUGGCAGGUUCGGCAAAGCACACCACUUUGGAAGGGAACUGUCAUCUCGACUACCAUGUCCUUUGCAACUUUUCUGGUUAUAGCAAUUUCUGCUCUCUUAUCUGGCUACAAGCUCUGUAAGAGACUUGUCUGGUGAUGUUGCUUACUGCCUUGUGUAUAUUACUGUAUCCGCCCAUCACUCCACAAAUAACUGCUCUAGUAUUAAUAGCUUAAAACUGUAUACUCCUGUAAAGAAUGAUGUUUCUUGGUCUUAUAGCCCAUCCACGGGCCAUUAUUCACACCCCUUCGAUGUAAUGGUCCAGAUCAGUUAUGGAAAGUAUUCUGAGUAGAAGUUCUUGAAAUAACAUAUGUACAAUACAACUAGACACAGGGAGUUCGAUCAAGUUGGUUUUACUUAACUCGUUCAGGCCUUGAUUCUAUAUCAAGAUUAGAAGCUCCACAAGAACAAGAGGAACUAAAGAUUGUCAUAUAUAAAGUGGAACAAAUGUAAAAUGGUUUAACAUGCAUUAACAUGCACUCCAUAUUUCAAAUAUACUCCAAACUCAUCUUGAAAUGCAAAGGUAACAUAUAUUUGGCUUCCUCCGACAGAUGGAAAGUUAUAAAAAAAAAUGCAUAAACCUACAUUCA